AUGCCCUCAAUACACAUUCGCCAGCCCUUUGCGGCCGCCUUCGGAGUCCUGGUCCUCGCUUCUGCCUACCUUGGCCUGUCCACACAAAAGAUCCCUUCGUAUGGCCAGAGCGACAAGGGUCUACACUUCAUCACCUUCUUCCUGCUAACCCUCACGUUCUAUUGGAUCCUGGAAACGUCCCGCCGCCGCGUCAUCCACCUCACCCUCCUCAUCUGCACGGCAGCGCUCGGCAUCGGCUCCGAAGUCGCACAAGCCUUACUACCCAACGGCCGCGCCUUCGACCCCUUCGACAUCCUCGCCAACGUCUUAGGCUCUGCUCUCGCGCUAGUACUAUGUGCGUGGUACCACAAGCGCAUGCUGGAGCGGAGAAGGAAGAACAAGCACUACGAUAUUGUACCUGGAGAAGACGCGGACGAGGAGGGCGGAGAGGCGGAUGUGGAGCUUGGUGAAGGUGUGGGGAGAGGUAGUUUGGCGGAGCAGGAGACGGGUGGUGUGCCGGCGGAUGCGAAUGGGCAGGCUGCAGCAGGAGCACCGAUCAAAGAGACUAAUGUUAGCGAAGAGCUGGACAACUGGGACGAGAAUGAAGAGGACUGGGACGAUGGUGCAGGCACUGUUGACGCAGCGAAAGCGGAUGGCAAGGCUGUCGAGGAUGCUGUUGAGGCGAAGAAGCGGAUAGAUUAG